ACGUGAGAGAACUUCGUUGAGAUGCUGUCAUCGAUGCCUACGCCACAAAUGGCUAUAAACGCCUCCACCCAAGAGUUGGCCGAACUAAUCGAUAGCAAUUUGGGAGCGUUACGUCCACAGUCGCCCGCUUGGCAGGUGGCCGAUUCGCCCAUUUCGGGUCGCGGAAUUUUCGCCAUACGCGACAUCGAACAGGGCGAAGAACUCUUCCGAGAGCAUACGCUCCUGGUGGGCCCCACUGCACACCGAUCGAGCAAUUUGCGGACUUGCACCAUUUGCUAUAACCUGCCCAAUGGUUGCGACACAGAUGCCCAGGCCCUUUGCCCGUCCGGCUGUGGCCUGCCUGUUUGCCCCAGUUGCCGUCCCACCGAACGGCAUCAAUUAGAGUGCAAAUUGUUCCGCAAGUGGAAGCCAAAGGACACAGAACGCAUCGAACCACGAGCCCUGAGGAUACUCAGUGUCGUGCGAUGCUUCUUCCUGACGGAGAAACAACGCCAAUUACUAUACGCCAUGCAGGCCAAUGCAGAUCGCUAUUACAUGAAGGAGGUACAAAGAGCUGCCGACUGCUUCGAACACUUUCCCCACGAACAGGACAUGCUCGAUUAUUUCUACCGCACGAUUUGUGCCUUCAAUACGAACGCCUUCGAGAGCCGCAGCCGGGUGGGUGGUAAUGAGAUUUUGGUGCGAGCUCUCUUCCCGUUGGCUGGCCUACUCAAUCAUCACUGCACACCGAAUGCGGCCCAUCAUUUCGAGGAUGGAGAGACGAUUGUGGUCUCUGCCACCGAACGCAUACCCAAGGGAACUGAAAUAACCAUGACAUAUGCCAAGUUGUUGUGGUCGACGCUGGCCAGAAAACUGUUUCUGGCCAUGACGAAGCAUUUCAUUUGCCAAUGCCCACGAUGUCAGGAUCCGACAGUAAGUUGACAUGGGGUAGGGCAACAGGGAGAUGGGAGCUAAGCACAUGUCACACAAGUUAGGGCCGGAUUCUCUACCAAAGGAAUACGCUAU